GUCAUUUUGUGAUCCAGCGAUGCGGGCUUUCCCGGGCUUGCGGCGACCCGCACUUGUCCUCGUCGUAAGCCCCCAUGACGUGCUCGAGCCGGCAGCGCUAAAGCAAGCGCUCCGAACCUUGACCAUCGACGCUAUCCAGCUACGGAACAAUCCCGAUAUGCCCGUACCUAACUCGAUCUACAUCAAGACAGCCACCCAACUCGCGGCCAUGCGCGGCCGGCGAGGCCGGUGCCCGCUGCUCAUCCUCAAUGCGCCUUACGAUACGAGCUUUCAGCACCUUUAUCCCGAGGUUGCCGAUGUAUUCCAUUAUCCCGAGCGCACCAUCAUGGACACCGCGGUGGCGGACGACCUGCAACGCGGGCCGUCUAUCUACGGGUUCUCGGUGCACUCGGUGCCUUCCGCCCGCCGAGCGAUCAAGCUUGGCGCCUCUUACCUCCAGGUCGGCACGAUGUUCCCCACGGCGUCGCAUCCUGAGAAGAAGGUCGUCGAAGGACCUGCGCUCAUCCACGAGAUCCACAAACGCUUUCCGAACGUGCCACUCAUCGGCAUCGGUGGCAUCGACGAGACCAACUGCGCCGAGGUCCUUGCGGCUGGUGCGAGCGGCGUCUCCGUCAUCCGUGCCAUCCUUGCGGCAAAGGGCCCCAGCACCGUGGCCGAGCAUCUCCGGCGCGAACUCGAUACUCGCCGUGGCGACUAAGCCAAUCUCUCAAACUCGCUAUAACGCAUCAGCUAAACAUUGUUCCUGAUGGCUACACACAGA